AACGAGCGCCUCCUCAUGUGUACAUUUACAGAUCAGCUGAUCACCAUCGUUCCCGUUGCAGUGGCCGCGGCUCUGAGCACCUACCUGCUGACACGCUACUUCAGUUCACAGAGCAGCCCCGAAAGCAGGGUCAACAUGUCAGUCAACAAAGACAGCCCCAAAGUAGUGCACAGCUUCGACAUGGAGGACAUCGGCAACAAGGCCGUCUACUGCCGCUGCUGGAGGUCCAAGAAGUUUCCAUACUGUGACGGCACACACACCAAACACAAUGAGGAAACUGGUGAUAAUGUCGGACCUCUGAUCAUUAAGAAGAAAACCCCCUAAAUACUCAGUGAGUGUGUGUGUUUGCAUCAGUGUUUUCCAUCCACUGGCGAUGAGAGGCACUGGAUGAGGAUUUAAUAUUACAAUUACUGUAAUUCUCAAUGUUAAUGCGUCUCAUUCACACCAGGGCUUCCUGUAGCACUGCAGACAUGCAUCAGCAAACAUACUGUAUUUCCUGUAAACAUGCAGUUUUACACUUGGUCUUCCUCUCUGCCUCUAACACAAACCAUAUCAUUUAAAUGUGCUUUAAAUGUACUCAAAAAUAACUUGGCACUACAAUGCAGACGAAUGUGGAUGAGAGGGGGUCAGAACUACUACGCACAGUUUGAUGAACAUUUUGGUAAUUAUGACUUGAACAUUUGUGUAGUUUUUUACUAUAUUAGGUGUAAAACUAAACCAGGUUCCAUUUAAAAACAGCAUAGAAAUAUAAUUUCUAUCAUGAUGUGUAAUUCGGAGACCAUGUGUAUUUUGCUGUACGAUGAAGAUGUAC